AGAGUAAUUCAGUGUUUAAUAGAAGACAGCCGUAUACAUCUAGAUGAACAAAACUCGACUGGGUACACUGCUUUAAUGUCAGCCAUCAAGACAUCUCAUCUCAAGAAGGUCAAAUUGCUGAUCAACGCUGGAGCUAACCCAAACCAAACAGCCGAUAAACUCUCACAGAGUGGUUUGAUUUCGUUGGAUGGUGCUCUUGUCAACAAUUCAAAUGAAUGUGCUUUUGAUGUGGCCAAAAGAAAGGGCUUCAGUAAACUGCUGGAGUUGCUGUAUCGUGCCAAAAUGGAAAACGUACAUCCUUUGGAGUUGGCUGUUGUCGAAAAUGAUUUUGAGACAUUCAUGGCGUUGCUUCAGUAUAAUUUAUGUGAUAGAGAAGAAACUCAAAAUAUUCGGCCUGACAUCCUCUGUUAUUUUCUUCGAAACAAAUAUGUAUGGUCAGUUUCUAAUGUUAGACUUCUAGAAAAGCUCUGCAGACUGGGCGUAAAUGUCAACGAAUGUCAGUGCUGUACGAUGUCACCAUUGGAUGUCAUGCUUAACAGUGGAUUAGACAAACUGGCUGAAAUUCUUUGUAACCAUGGUGCUAAGGUCACCCACUACCAUCUGGUGUAUGCUCUUCAAAGGAAUCCCAUCCAGAUGAUUCCACUUCUGAUAAACCACGGGGCACCUGUCAAUCGCUAUGACCAACGUGGCCGCUGGAUUUACGACGGUUCGGCUCUUGAUAUAGCUUUGAAAAAGUCUUUAAUAAGUACAGCCAGCCUCCUUUUGUACCACGGUGCUGCUCUCGACCCUGUGUGGGCAGUCUUUAAAGCUUUGAGGAGCAAGAACUCAAUGACGGUCGACUUCCUCAUGAAGGAGUGUGUUGAAGUGAACAAACCAGAAACUUUGAUACGAGCUGUCGAGUUAGGAAACAUUGAGCUCAUCCAGCUUCUGCUAGACGCAGGGGCGGACAUUGAUGGGGUCCACGACAAUAAGACUCCUUUAAUGAGCACUAUCCACAUAGAAGUUAUCAACUUUUUAUUAAGCAAAGGAGCCAAUGUCAACUUGAGAACAAACACAACACCUUUGAUCAACGCAAUCUCGUGGGAUUAUUUAGCCGCUGACCAAAGACUUAAUCCCAAAGAGAUGGAGGAACAACUGUUACUUAGUAUAGAGACCUUUUUAAAGAACGGUGCGGUUUUAGAAGACACAGAUGACUAUGGGUGUACGGCGUUGAUAGCAUCUGUUCAAAGUAGCCUUGGCGUAGCGGUUCUCAAAUAUUUGGUUGAGAAGGGAGCAGACGUGAACAGAAGAAACAAAAAUGAUUGGACAGCGCUGCACAUUGCAGUUAUGACGAAACAAUUUGAUUGUGCGGAGACUCUCUUGAAAUACGGGGCUGAUGUGAAUCUGAACUGUUAUGUGACAGGUGAUUCUGGUCAAGAUGAAAUUCGAGAGAAGUCUGCUUUGUCUAUAGUACUUGACCAAUGGCUCCCCUGUAAAAAAGUCCAGCAAAUGGCUUUGGUACUAAUAGACCAAGGUGCUAGUACAGAAUUAGUCAGACGAGACAUCAUUCAUCGACUCAUCGCUGCUGGUAAUGAUGGCAUACUGAUACAGAAAUUAAUGAAAUCUGGGAUUUGUCCAAAAGAUAUAAUUGUUAAAAAUAACAUCUGGCUUGAGACUUCUGUAUCGCCACUUGCCUUUUCCUUAAUUCUAGAUAGACUGGACUUCGUUCAAUAUUUUUUCGAGAAUUGGUAUUUAACGGGUUCAGACAUCAACAUUUUAUCAAGAAAUGAAAACAUCUUAAGUUACUUGCAACAACGGAACUCUGAAGUUCUCCCAUAUUUAAAGGAAGUUUCCCGCCAGCCAAUGAAAUUGGAGCUUUUGUGCUUCAUUAAAGUCUCAUCUGCUUUAGGUUCAGACCAGGGCAGACGACAAAGGGUACAUAACUCCGAACUUCCAGUGGUAGUGCAGGACCAGCUCUUGUUCUCAAACCUCAAGCAUAGGUUUUUACGAUCAGUGAUUGCUGAAUUUUAUUACAAAUGGUGUUUAUAAAACAAUUUAACACAUGGGAAGACAUCACUGUCUGAGUCAUCUAUAAUCAAUUCCGAGAUUUCCUUAGACUUGCAAUAGAUUCUAGGCAUAUCAUAUAUCAAUAAAUACAUUUAUUGUGUCAAUUAAGUCACAUCUGUGUAGAUUGUAAUCGUAAUUGUUGGUAUCAUUUUCCUAGGGUUUGACCACCCCAUCUCAACAAUUUUAAGCUCUUGUAUUGGUGUCGUUUCCAAGGGUUUGACCAACCCAUCUCAGCAAUUUUAAGCUCUUCUAUUGGUAUCUUUUCCUAGGGUUUGAACAAUCCAACCUCUAAGUUUAAUGACUGUAUAACGCCGUUAUUUGUAUCUUUUUUGAGGCGUAUACCAUAAAGUUUUAUCGAAUUCUUGGUAAUAACACUUACAAAUGACCUUUUUGUCGCAGUAUAUACAUUUGAAGCAAC